AUGGAUGGAAAUGUUUUGGGGGUUCUAGGAAUACCAUUAGAGCUUGUUUUUGAGGAAGGGUUAGAUGCUGAGAAGCAAGCAAGUGUGAUUCGUAGAGUAGAAGAAAAGACAUGCUUCCGCCUCAAAAGGGAAAUGGACAUAGACAUCUUGAUAUCUGAAGUGGCAAAUGACGAGACUUCAACCAUGGAGACCUUAAAGAGUUAUCUAGGAAAGGGUCUUUUUGGAGGGAAGUUUGGUUUUCUGGAUGCAGUUAGUGUGAUUGUAUGCUCUGAAAAGAUUAGUGUUGACGAGAUGUCCAAGCAUUAUGUGCCAAUUGAUGAGAUCAUGGGGGAAGAGGUUGAGGAGGUGUUUAGAAGAAUUGCAGACCUUGAGGGAAGGAAACGGAUCGAAAGACAGGCCAACCGAUGGAGCUUGAAGUCUUUGAAGGACAUUUUCAAGAGCAAUCCCGACGAAGACAAAAGGUUUGCUGAUGGGCUCUUUGUUUUGGAAAGAUACAAGGAGGCCUAUAGAAUAUACUCAAGAUACAAUGGAGUUGACGAAUUUUCAUGUUAUUGUAUCGAAAUGUCUAUCUACUGCCUGAUUUUGUCAAAGAAAUCGGUUCCAUCAAGUAUAGUAAAUAGCCUUGGGAUGUUCGGGAGUGAGAAGGUAUGUCUAGUUAGGAUAACGAGUAUAGCCAUAGGCUUUUCGGACAUUCUUGCCUUAGAGAUGUUGGCUCUACUUCAGGAAAAAUCGCUUUUUAAGGCUCUUGCCCAGGAAAGCUUGGCUCAGGUCUUAGAUGGGAAGAAGUACCAUAGAAAGAAGAUAGAAAUGUGGUUUAACUCGAGUUUAGAAUUCCGAGAGAUGAAAUAUAUCGGCCGAUCGAUAAGAUGCUGCGAAUGUUAUCUUGACCUUAGCAACUUCAACUUUAUUAAUGGAAUCUUACCUGAACUUGAGAGAAAUAUAUUGCUCUCUCCCAAUAGAUAUAUUAAGGAAACUCUUGAGUUAAUGAAGGGAAACUGCAGUCCUGGCUUGGAGGAUGGAGUAAUAGAGAAAAGUAAGGAAGAAAUAGUCAUAUGGAGAGAAUAUCAAGGAUCGAUGUGCAAUUUUCAAGGAGUUGCGAAUGUUGUGGAAUCGAUUUUUGUGCAAUUCAAGGGAAGAGGCCUUGUAAGUAUCUUGCAGAAGGGAGAAGAGACUCCAAAAACCUACUGGACAAAUCAAAAGGUUACCUUUGAUGGGCCAGGAGAGUUUAUUAUCGAGGAUAUUACUUUUAAUGCCUGGGAAGUUGAGUACAAAGUGAAGCUUGGAAUUCCAAUUGAUAUUAGAGAGGAUACACCCUUUAUGCAUGUGGAAAUGAAAGACGUCCAUGAAGUUCUGUGCGGGGAAUUAUACUUUCUUUCUUGCAAGAUAGUUAGAAACCAUAAUUCAAGAGUCAAGAUUCUCUUUGAUAACAGAGAGUUCACAACUAGUAGCAAUAUGUUUGGCUUUGAGAUGGUAUUUCAGGCCGUAGGCGUCUAUAGUUGUAGAAUAAUCUUGGAAGCUGAAGGAGUCAUUACAUACAAAGAUGUAAUGUUUACAGUUAUUCCGUCUUUUUCGAUAGAUACUUUUAACUACAAGUAUUGUCUUCCUCUGGUAUUUCUGAAGAUCGAGAGCCAUAUUGAAGAGAAUUCAAGAGUAAGAUCCUGUUUGGCACUUAGCAAGGAUCUUGAGGUUUCUGGUCUGGACACUACUACUGGGUCAUUUUAUUCCUACAAGGAAUAUGCCAUUGAGUAUUUCAGAAAAAACAUUGUUGGUGUAGGAAGUGGAGAUCUUGGACAGACUCUUGGAGUUGAGAAGGAGAAGCCGAUACUACCAGAAAAUCUCCAGAAGCUGCUACAUGGUAUGGACAAAUCUCCACCAGUGACAUCUGAUCUACUUUUCAGCGACCUGAUUCCUGUAAUGGAAAAGAAGAUGAUUAUACCAGGAGAAGGAACCUACUCCUUUUGCACCUUCCUCCAGGGGAAAAAACCUCUAAGAGAACUCCUGAGCCCAAGGGCUAAAGAACCUGACAAAGUAUCAAAGAGAGAAACCAACGAAGUAAUCCUAUACAGUUUGAAGAAUGAAAGCUUAGGGACGAUUUUUGAUGGAUCCUUAGAAGAACAACCAGGAAAAAUAUCUAUGAGAAUAGAGAUUGAAAUACCACCUAAAAGAGUGUGUGUGUUUGUGGUUAAAGGGAUAUUCGAGGCCCUGUUCUCUCCAGAGGGUUUAUCUGAUGAGGGAAUAAUCAAACCUAUCUGUCCAUUUGUCUACAUAACACAUUUCUCACCAGCACGGUUGAAGGAACCUACAAUAAUAUACUUAUGUGUCAGCAAUUACUAUGAGCAACAUGUUCUGGAUGUGGAGAUUUCGUCUCCUACCAUAGCCAUAUGUAGCUCAGAUUCCAAAUUCAGAGUUGAAAAACUUUCGUUCUCCCUUUUCGAGGUCCGAUCUGCAUUCAAAAAGAGAAAGAAAUAUGAAGAAAGCGACAUCAAAAUUAGUAUAAAGGUUGAAAACGAGGAGAUUGAUCAUGAAUGUUUGGUAGAGCUUCCACUUGUUUCAUGA